AUGGUUGGCAAAAAGUCUGGAAAGGCCCUCAAAGGUGAGGGCCUUGAGAGGACGGAUAACAAUAUGGAGCUGUCGAAUUGGCCUCAGAUUGCGCCGAUCAACCAGAAGAAUUACUACACUGACUAUCUCAAGAGGGACGAUCAGUACCUAGCAUUCCGACUACAAAAUGAGGAGGCGAGGAACAAAAUGGCCAAAACGGCCAAAGACCGGGAUCGCGCUUUAGCCAUGGCGAAAGCGAACGACUUGGGCCUACCCGAAGCAGAGGCUGACGGUGAUGGGGAUACAAAUAUGGAGGAGGGCGGAGAGGAGACAACUGAAACAUUAGGCUCCAAGGUUAUUGUAGUUCAUGUCGGAAGCCAGAAUCUGCGAAUCGGCCUGGCCAGCGACGCACUGCCGAAGACUGUUCCUAUGGUAAUUGCACGAAAAUCAACCACAAGCGAGUCCGAAGACCAUGACGAGCCCCAUCCGAAGCGAUUGAAAUUGGACGAUGGCUCUUUGAUGGAACCUGAGAAAAUGCUUGGUCCGGAGUUCUCCUCGCAGUAUACCACGAUGGCAGCAGAACUCAAAGCGCAUAUGCGACAAAACAAGCGCAGGACUCUACCCAACUCGAAAGAAAUGGUUAUCAACUACAAUCGGAGAACGGUACCAGAGACCAUCCCAGAACACAAUGACCCGCUGCGUGUCGAAUGGACAGAUAUUACCGACGAUGCACCUGAAUAUAUUGUAGGGCAAGCAGCGCUUAGGAUACCUGACGACUCGAAACCCAGGUACAAGCUCUACUGGCCGAUGCGAUACGGAUGGUGCAACGAGAGAGACUAUGAGAGCAAGAGACUCUUGUUCUUGGACAUCUCACUCAUUCUCGAGGACACAAUCAAAAACCAAUUGGGCUUGACCAGCAAGAAGGAAUGGCCUCAGUACUCUUGCGUUUUCGUUAUCCCUGACUUGUAUGAGAAGACUUAUGUUACCCAAGUUCUCGAGAUGUUGAUGAGGGAGUUUUCAUUCGCCCGCGUCUGCUUCAUCCAGGAGAGUUUAGCGGCCACCUUCGGUGCGGGAUUCACAUCAGCAUGCGUCGUCGACAUUGGCGCGCAAAAGACAUCCAUCUGUUGCGUGGAGGAGGGAAUGUGUAUUGAGAACUCUCGCGUCAACCUGAAGUUUGGUGGAGCCGAUGUGACCGAGGCAUUCAUCAAGAUGAUGCUCUUCGACCACUUCCCAUAUGCAGAAAUCAAUCUAUGGCGCCGCUACGACUUUUUACUAGCCGAGGAGCUGAAAAAGAAUGUCUGCACCUUGAACGAAGCAAGUGUCUCAGUGCAAGUGUUCGAUUUUCACCUUCGCAUUGCCGGUCAGGACACGCGGAAGUAUUCCUUCAAAGCGUACGAUGAAGUACAUCUCGCCCCAAUGGGGUACUUCCAGCCCUCGAUAUUCGACCACUCACGGAAACUCGAAGGAAGAAGAAAAUUCAUCACGCGGUCGGUGGAUAUCUACGACGCUCAGCCGAAUGAUCCAACAUCGGGGGCCCAAUCUGAAAUCUUGACUACCAUUGCCCCUCCUCCUGCCAAUGGCCAAGUGAAUGGUGAAUCCCAAUCAUUCACGUUGGAUGUGCAGUCGACUCCGAGUCGCUCGCACCAAGUGAAUGCACUCAGCCGUGUCCAGGAGCUGGAUGCCACCCCCCGAUCUUCUGUUGCGGGGUCGCCUGCUCCGGAAGCGAUUGGUACUCCCCAAGCUGGUGGUGCUGGUACCCCACUCCCGGGUGGCCAGGGACAGAGUGCCUCACAGCCUCGAGCACCUACUGUCGAGGAGCGAGAUGACGUUCUUCCAGUCUUCCCGUUGGAUAAUGCAAUCCUCACCUCUAUUUCGCAUGCAGCUCGAUCUGAUGAGCGUAAGAUGCGAGACUUUCUCGGAGGAAUCAUGGUCGUAGGGGGCGGCAGUCUUGUUAACGGCUUCCACUCUUUCCUAGAAGAGCGUCUCCAGACGCUGAGACCAGGGUUUGCUAGCGAAAUCAUGGUCGGUACGCCCCCAAGAGACCUCGACCCCCAAGUGGUAGUCUGGAAGGGCGCAAGCGUGUUCGGUAAGCUCAGCGGAACCAAUGACAGCUGGAUCGGGCAAUUGGAAUAUGAUAGACUGGGUCACCGACUGAUGGCGUACAAGUGCAUGUGGGCUUACUAG